AUGGCGGGCAGCCCAGGCAGCGGUGCCUCCUUGGAGGGCAUAUCCCUGGGCUCUUCAGAGGAAGCAGAGCUCCGGAGGGAAGCCAUGCAGCAAGUCCUAGACAACCUGGGUACUUUCCCCAAUGCCACGGGAGCUGCAGAAUUAGACCUGAUCUUCCUCCGAGGCAUCAUGGAAAGUCCAAUAGUAAGAUCCUUAGCGAAGGCCCAUGAACGCCUAGAAGAGACCAAGCUGGAGGCAGUUCGGGACAAUAACCUGGAGCUGGUUCAGGAGAUCCUUCGGGACCUGGCUGAGCUGGCUGAGCAGAGUAGCACAGCGGCUGAACUCGCCCAUAUCCUCCAGGAGCCCCAUUUCCAGUCCCUCCUGGAGACGCAUGAUUCCGUGGCAUCCAAGAGCUAUGAGACUCCACCUCCCAGCCCUGGCCUGGACCCCAUGUUCAACAACCAGCCUGUCCCCCCAGAUGCCGUACGAAUGGUGGGCAUUCGAAAGACUGCAGGAGAGCACCUGGGUGUGACGUUCCGAGUGGAGGGUGGAGAACUGGUGAUUGCCCGAAUCCUGCACGGGGGCAUGGUGGCCCAGCAGGGUCUGCUGCACGUGGGGGAUGUUAUCAAGGAGGUGAAUGGGCAGCCUGUGGGCAGUGACCCCCGGGGGCUGCAAGAGUUACUCCGAAGUGCCAGUGGGAGCGUCAUCCUCAAGAUCCUGCCCAGUUACCAGGAGCCCCACUUGCCUCGACAGGUGUUUGUCAAAUGCCACUUUGACUAUGAGCCAGCCCGGGACAGCCUGAUCCCCUGUAAGGAGGCUGGCCUACGCUUUUGUGCUGGGGACCUGCUCCAGAUUGUGAAUCAGGAUGAUGCUAACUGGUGGCAAGCAUGCCACGUAGAGGGGGGCAGUGCUGGGCUUAUCCCUAGCCAGCUGCUGGAAGAGAAACGGAAGGCCUUUGUCAAGAGGGACCUGGAGAUGACACCAACCUCAGGUGCCCUGUGUGGCAGCAUUUCAGGCAAGAAGAAGAAGAGAAUGAUGUAUCUCACUACCAAGAAUGCAGAGUUUGAUCGGCAUGAGCUCCUGAUCUAUGAGGAAGUGGCCCGGAUGCCCCCUUUCCGUCGGAAAACCCUGGUGCUGAUUGGGGCCCAGGGUGUGGGACGACGUAGCCUGAAGAACAAGCUCAUCAUGUGGGACCAAGAUCGCUAUGGCACUACUGUGCCUUACACAUCUCGUCGGCCUAAGGACACUGAGCGGGAAGGCCAAGGCUAUAGUUUUGUGACUCGGGCAGAGAUGGAAACGGACAUCCGUGCUGGCCGCUACCUUGAGCAUGGGGAAUAUGAAGGAAACCUGUAUGGCACUCGAAUUGAUUCCAUCCGAAACGUGCUCAGUGCUGGCAAGGUGUGCGUGUUGGAUGUCAAUCCCCAGGCAGUGAAGGUGCUAAGAACUGCAGAGUUUGUCCCAUAUGUGGUUUUCAUUGAGGCUCCUGACUUUGAGACACUGCGUGCCAUGAACCGGGCUGCCUUGGAGAGUGGGGUGGCCACCAAGCAACUCACGGAGGCAGACUUGAAGCGGACAGUGGAAGAGAGCAGCCGGAUCCAGAGAGGGUACGGGCACUACUUUGACCUCACACUGGUGAAUGACAACCUUGAGAGGACCUUCCGAGAGCUUCAGACUGCAAUGGAGAAGCUGCGGACAGAACCCCAGUGGGUGCCUGUCAGCUGGGUAUAUUAA